GAAGUUUUCCUGCGUGAGGGAGGCUCGGCUGUCUGCACGAGAUCCGAGAGGAGCACUUUCUGGAGGAGGGUCGUGCUUGUGCUGGGGGAACAGUUGCGUGUGAACAUGGCUUUGAAGAAGGAGAGUUUCUUGCACAAGUGAUCCUUGUGUAUGUGUCUCGUCUGCUGCGACUUUUCUGGUGGGAAGAAGUUUCCAGUGCUGGAGAUGUGCUCCCCGCGAUGUGAUGGACCAUGGAGAGUCUCCUCCAGGCACUGGGCUCUGCUCUGCAGCUGAGAACUUUCCAGUAGGAUGGGGCUGGAUUCCUGGGCGCUCUGCUGAUCACACACCCGCCUGCCACUGCUCCUCCACAGCUGCCACUUCUCCCCUUCUUGGCUGCCAGUUAUGAGGAGGUUGAGUUGGUGGUGCCUGGUGCUGGGCAUCCCCUGUGCCCUGGUUCUAGCCAGGGUGCCAGUCUCUUCCUCACACCCUCAGCCCUGCCAGAUCCUCAAGAGAAUUGGGCACACAGUUCGGAUCGGGGCUGUCCAGCUCCAGCCCUGGAGAACCCGGGGCAUUACAGCUCAAUACACCCGCCCUUGGCCUGAGAAUGAAAGCGGGCUCCAGAAGAUGGGUGCGGGUCGUGACCAAGAUGCGGAUGAGGCUGAAGGCAUGGAGCGGCUGAGGGAACUGGGUGCCCCCUCUUUAGAAAGAAAGUCCAGCCAUGGUCCAAGGAGUUCUAUGGGCCACAGAGGUGGAGAGGAGCUGCUCUUUCCCAGGGAGGCGCUACUCCUGGCAGUAGAGAACCUCAACAGGGUGCCAGGCCUGCUACCAUACAACCUGUCCUUGGAAGUGGUGAUGGCCAUAGAAGCUGGCCUGGGGGACCUGCCCAUGCUGCCAUCCUCCAGCUCAUCCUGGAGUAGUGACCCGGUGUCCUUCCUUCAGAGUGUGUGCCACACGGUGGUGGUCCAGGGAGUCACUUCCAUUAUCGCCUUCCCUCAGAAUAAAGGAGAGAUUUUGGAAUUGGAGUUUAUAUCCUCAAUAUUACAGAUCCCAGUGGUCAGUAUUGUGAAAAGUGAGUUCACAAGGAAAACUGAGAAUCCUCUUCACCUGCAGCUCAGCAUUGAAAAUUCCCUAACUUCCAAUGCCGAUGUCACUCUCUCCAUACUUACGAUGAACAACUGGUACAACUAUAGCAUACUCCUAUGCCAAGAAGACUGGAAUAUAACAGAUUUCCUCACGCUAGCACAAAAUAAUUCCAGAUUUCACCUUGGAUCAAUUCUAAAUAUCACAGUAAAGCUCACCCUGACUAAUGACGUUGUGAGCUACCUACAGUUCAACUUAGAAAGUAUAAAGGACACCACAUCUACUAUCGUUAUGUUUGGUUGUGAUAUGGAAGACACAAGACGAAUUUUUGAAACAACUGCUCAGUAUGGAAUAAUAUUACCCGAAUUUUAUUGGAUUUUUGGAGACUCCCAAAAUGUUGAUGAAUUGAAGACUGAAGGAUUACCUUUGGGUCUGAUUGCUCAUGGGACAACUGCUGCUUCCUAUUUUGAACACUAUGUGCAAGAUGCAAUGGAACUAAUAGCCAGAGCAGUUGCCACAGCUACAAUGGAUCAACCAGAGUUGGCGCUUAUUCCCAGCACAAUGAACUGCAUGAGCAGAGACAGCUUGAAUCUUACAUCUGGCCAAUACUUAUCCAGGUAUGACUAA